GUUGACGCAGCUGAACUAGUUCACAACAGCGAACCUAAAGCAGUUGACGCAGCUGAACUAGUUCACAAAAAGCGAACCUAAAGCAGUUGACGCAGCUGAACUAGUUCACAACAGCGUUCGCUCCUGACUGAACACGGCCGCCGGGGGGAUCUGACAAGUGGCUUUGAGGUUUUCUGGACAUAAAAAAAAACACGUUAUUUUUCAACAGACUGUAGAAGAUAUUAAUCCAAUUACAAAGAUGAUUUCCAAACUGAGCCACAGCCUGAGGAGCGCUGCCCCGGCCCUGACCAGAGCUGUCCACUCUGGGACGCGUCCUGCCUCUACCGCUGCCUCCAAACAGAAGAUAGACCAACCGCUCACCGCUGAGGAGGUGUAUGCCAGAGAGGAGAAGUAUGGAGCACACAACUACCACCCACUUCCUGUGGCGCUGGAGAAGGGAAAGGGUCUGUAUUUGUGGGACGUGGAGGGCAACAGAUACUAUGACUUCCUGAGCGCCUACAGUGCAGUGAACCAGGGCCACUGCCACCCCAAGAUCAUCGCUGCUCUGAACGCCCAGGCCUCCAAGCUCACCUUGACCUCCCGGGCCUUCUACAACGACAUCCUGGGGGCCUACGAGGAGUACAUCACCACUCUGUUUGGAUACGACAAAGUACUGCCCAUGAACACAGGUGUGGAGGGCGGCGAGACGGCCUGUAAGCUGGCCCGUAAGUGGUCCUACACCAUGAAGGGCGUUCCCAAGAAUCAGGCGAAAAUUAUCUUUGCAAACGGUAACUUCUGGGGACGAACCAUGGCGGCCAUCUCUAGCUCUACAGAUCCUAGCAGUUACGAGGGCUUCGGUCCCUUCAUGCCCGGCUUUGGGCUCAUCCCUUACAACGAUAUCCCUGCUCUGGAGAAAGCUCUACAGGACCCGAACGUAGCAGCCUUCAUGGUGGAGCCCAUCCAGGGAGAGGCUGGUGUGGUAGUUCCUGAUGCUGGGUACCUCACUACUGUCAGACAGCUCUGCACUCAGAACAACGUGCUGUUCAUUGCUGAUGAGGUGCAGACUGGACUGGCCCGUACGGGUAGACGGCUGGCCGUGGACCAUGAGGAAGUACGGCCGGACAUCGUGAUCCUAGGAAAGGCUCUGUCAGGAGGAGUCUACCCUGUAUCUGCGGUGCUGUGUGAUGAUGAGGUGAUGCUGACCAUCAAGCCUGGAGAGCACGGCUCUACCUACGGUGGAAACCCUCUGGCCUGUGGCGUUGCCAUGGCAGCUCUAGAGGUUCUGGAGGAAGAGAAGCUGGCGGAGAACGCUGAGAAGAUGGGCCAGUUGCUGAGGUCAGAACUGUCAAAGCUUCCUAAAGAGAUUGUCCCCAUCGUCCGGGGAAAGGGCCUCCUCAAUGCCAUCGUCAUCAAAGAGACUAAAGACUAUGAUGCCUGGAGAGUGUGCAUCCGUCUCCGUGACAACGGACUGUUGGCCAAGCCCACCCACGGUGACAUCAUCCGUCUGGCCCCUCCCCUCAUCAUUAAAGACCACGAGGUCAGAGAGUGUGCUGACAUCAUCCAGAGAACCAUCAUGUCCUUCUAGAACUCCUUCUAGAACCACCUAGAACUUAUCCUAGAACACUGGAACCAACAAAGCAACUAUCAUCUGCUGUGAACUAUCAUCUAUUGGAAUGUGUUACUAAUUCUAAACAUUUAGCAAAUGCAUGUUAUUGUAUUGUAAGCAGUACUCUCUUUUAAGUUAAUUUACUGUGAAAAUGUAUGUGGAGAAUACAUUUUUUUUCACAGUACUGCUAUUUUGUAGUAAUGUCAAUCUAAGCAUCAUCCAAGCUGAAGGUUUUCUCUUCUGAAGUGCUGGGACUGAAAAGGGUUACAGGGUUAUUACACUGCUGCGCCAAAGCACCUUGGGGUGACCCUAAACCCAGGGAUGUUUUUAACUCUUGCAUCUGGUUAGUUGGGAGACGGUUGAGAUACUGAUUUUAAUUUUGUUGUUAAUUCUGGCAACUACUACUGCAGCAAAGCUAUAUUAAAAAAAAAAAAAUGUAAUGUGCUUAAACAACUUUUUCACUGUCUAAAACGGAGCAUUGUUUUACAAACAAAGAAACAUAAAUUACUUUAACAUUUAAAUAAUUGUAUUUGCUUGUUGGUGAAAUGAGCAAAAAAAAAAGUUUUUACUGAAAGACACAGGUAUAACCAAUAAGGAUAUUUUAAGUAUUUAAAAGGAAAUAUUUUAAUACCACUAUAACUCAGUGAAAGAAUUGAACUGCUGUUCUGUUCUGUUACUACCCUAUAGGCCCUGGUAUAAAGUAGUGCACUACUACCCUAUUAGGCCCUGGUCUAAAGUAGUGCACUACUACCCUAUUAGGCCCUGGUCUAAAGUAGUGCACUACUACCCUAUUAGGCCCUGGUCUAAAGUAGUGCACUACUAAGGAAAUAGGGUGCCAUUUCAGAGAUGACCUCUAAUUAAGCAAUGAGGCCCGAGGAGGUGUGGUAUAUGGCCAAUAUACCACGGCUAAGGGCUGUGCUUAAGCACGAUGCAACGCGGCCCUUAUCCGUGGUAUAUUGGCCAUAUAUCACAAACCCCCGAGGUGCCUUAUUGCCGUUAUAAACUGGUUACCAACGUAAUUAGAGCAGUAAAAAUAAAUGUUUUAUCAUACCCGUGGUAUACGGGUCUGAUAUACCACGGCUUUCAGCCAAUCAGCAUUUUAAUGCUCGAUCCAUCCCGUUUUUUUAUAAUUUGUGAUAUAUUAUACUUCCUCCAGCGACAAUGCGUUUAUGAGUGACAUCGUUUAGGAGUCAUCUGUUCCUCUGCUAAGAUCCGUUCGGUCAGGGGCCUCUUCAGUAUUAAUCUGUACACUCUGUGGCUGCCUCUCAAAUGGUUCUCUAUGGGAGCUGGGCAACUAUUGCAUCAAUGUAGGAAAUACGGGACCAUUUAAAAUGCAUCCCAGUGUUUGUUGGAAACUUGCUAAAGAGAGGACAAUAUUUUAAAAACCAACUGGAAACUGUUGCUGGCUGAAUAUAAUGUUGGAUUCUAUUGCAAUACAAAUAUUUUAAGUUGUUACAUAAAAUGUUCAUAAUAAUAAAUAGCUGGUGUCUUA